GAGGAAGGUGGUCUUGACUGGGCAAUCUUAGAAGAAGACAUGUGACCUUGGCUUUGAAGUGGGUGUGGCAUGAAAAGGGCUCUUGAUGACAGUCAAUCAUAGCUAUGGAACGGAGGAAGGUUUAUUGUUAAACAUUGGAAUUUAAUUGCCUGAAUUUGAAGAAGGUUUUCGGUUUUCCUAUCUCUGGAAGUGGGCAUUGGUGAAAAAAUUGACUUCUGGAAGGACUUACUUGUGGAUUUCCAAUUGUCAACCCAAGGCACUUCAUUAUGUAGCUAAUUCCAAGCUUUCCUAUAUUGACUAGUCUCGGAAUGGUAGUGAUCUCGGGUGAAUACUUCACUUCGCAGAACCGUUGAAUGAAACUCUUCAAAGUUGAUGAGCUAGCUCUGUAUAAUGGAACUGACGAGGGAUUACCUAUCCUUCUUGGAAUUCUUGGAUCAGUCUUUGAUGUCACGAAAGGAAAAUCUCACUAUGGUGUGGGAGGAGGUUACAAUCACUUUUCUGGAAGAGAUGCUUCUCGUGCAUUUGUUUCCGGAAACUUCACAGGGGAAGGACUCACUGAUUCUUUGCGGGGUUUGUCAAAUUCUGAGGUCAAGAGUGUUGUUGAAUGGCGGAGCUUCUACCAUAAAACCUACACUUUUGUAGGUAAGCUGGUGGGUCUUUACUAUGAUGAUCAAGGAAAUCCCACAAAACAUUUAAAGGGAGCUGAGGCAAAGGCUGCCAGAGGUGCACAACUUUUGAAGAAACAAAAGCAAGAGGAAGAUAAACUGCCAAGUUGUAAUUCGAAAUGGAGUCAAGGAGAGGGUGGUGAGGUCUGGUGUGAUGAUGGCUUCCCGAGGUUGGUACAAAGGCCUUUAGAAAUUGCGUUGACGGGGAAGAUGGGCAAACGGUGCGCUUGCUUUAGAGAAGACCAACUGGGGGAGCCAGGAUUAGAGGUUUAUGAAGGUUGCGACUACCAAGCCAAGACUUGCCAUGUUUAAAGAGCCAUUAUAAACAGCUUUAGCUUGUUAAUCGACAUAUAACCUCUUACAUACACUGAAAGGCCGUUCGCCAUUCGGGAGGGGGGUGAACCUGAAGGAGAUUGACUGUAAUGGCCAAUGUGGUGCAAUACACGACCAAAAUUUUUGUUCAAAGGGAGGGGGUAAUUCCCCGUGUACAGGUAAGGUAUGUGAUUAUAUAUUUUCUAGCACAAUACUAUUCACUGAUGAUGAUUAUCUUCCUUCGUAGCACGAUAAUAUUCCUUGAUUAUCAUCAGUUUCAGUUAUCAGCAUGCUUUCGAGAUCUGUGUUUGCCUUUUUCCAUUGUCAAUGUUUUUGACUUGUAAACCUUUGAUGCACUUUUAUGUGUGAAAUGUAUUAUUUGUCUUCUCUUAUAUUUAAAGCUGUAAGACAUGAAGAGACGAGCCUAAUUUCUCAAUUUUUUAGUUCAAGGAGCUCGAAUCAUCAACCUUGGAGAUGGAAAUGUUUUAUUCAUCGAGCUAUAUUGAACCUCUAACUAUUUGUUAUGGGCUUAUAGGAUGGUUUGGUAAUAGAUGCUUUAUCAUUGAACUA